AUGGAACCAAACACCAACAACCAACCACACCAGUCUUUCCAACAUGAAAAUCACGUCGAAGCUUCUUCCACCAUCACCAACAACAACAGCAGCAUUCCACAAGAAAACAAAACAGCCAAACUCAAAGAAAUUAUAAUAUCCGUUCUCAGUCAACAAUUUCCCCAUCUCCCACAAAAUACCAUCAUUUCCGCGUUGGCACAAUGUAAUUUCAAUAGCCAGCAAGCGAAGCUCUUAUUGCAGCAAUCAUCAUCAGGUGGACAAGAUUUGAACCCACGACCUUCCCACCAUCAAGAUAUGAAUUUGCAACAACCACAGAACCAUCAUGGCUCGACCAGUCAGACUUCACCUUUUCAACAACAAUCACUGAAUGGUUAUGAUCAUCCGUUCAUCAAUCCUAACAACAUCAACAACAAUAACAUGAGUGUUAGCUCUUCCGUAAUGAAUCAACCAAUGCAGCAAGGAAUGGUUCAUCAGCAGCAGCAACAAUAUUCGAAUGGAACCAAUUCCACACCACCACAAGUAAUUUCACAAACAUCCAUACAAGGGAAUUCUCAAUUGUCAAAUUCAUUGUUUAGCUUAAAUCAACAAUUGAAUCAAAAUUUAACACCUACAAUGAAUGUAACUUCUUCUUCACAACCAUCACCGAUCGUGCAGCAGGGAAAUGGGAAUUCAACCAUCCAAUCACAAAACAUGUCCUUCAUGUCAAAUUCUCAAAUGAGUUUUCAACCAACAACAACGAACAUGCAUUCGACGUAUCAAGGUCCUCCUCCUUCCAUGAUGCAGUCUUCAUCUAUUCAGAAUUCAGGUGUUCCAACGAUGACUCAAAGCACCAUGUCAAACUCCAAUCCAUAUUCCCAAUACUAUCAAAACAAUGCACAAGUCUCUCAUCCAAAUUUGGUUAUGAAUGCAAAUUAUCAGAUGUUGCAAUCACAACAACAACAACAACAACCAAUAAUGAAUUACCAACAACCAACUAUGCCCUCCAUGUAUUCAUCAUCCUUUCAUCCACAACAGCAACAACAAAUGCAGCAUGGAAAUUUUCCACACACAUUUUACCAUACUCAACAACAACCUCCAAUGAUGAAUAGCAUGACAACAACAAAUUUCACACCUGGAGCAUCCCAUCAUCAACCACUUCCUCCCAACUAUUACUCCCAACAAGCUUGGGAUGUUUCCUUACUGGCUCCUAAAAGUAGUAACGCGUCCAAACUGCAACAACAACCUUCGCAAGCUCAACAACAGUCUCAAACAUCAAGCCAGCAGCAAAAACAAGGUACGAUGACUUCCAGUGCUUCAAAACCCAAGUCGAUCGUGAACAAGAAAAAGUGUAAGGAUUGGGACGAAUGUACGGAGACUUCCAAUCAGGAACAUGUAGAAGAAUAUUAUCAUCCUUGUAGAAAUGGAGCCAAAUGUAGAAAUAUUUCGAAUGAGGUGCAUAUCAAUAGGUUCGUCCAUCCUUGUGAAGAUGGUAAGAAAUGUAAGAAGAAGAGCGACAAGGAACACAGUUUGCAAUUUUCACAUUAA